AUGGACCAUCCGUCAGAUAUUACUAUCGAUGCACCCACCCAGCCAGAGUCACCAUAUCUAGAUGUCAUCCUAGAGUUUGCACAACUGCUAAGGGAAAAGAGGCAAGAAAAAGCAAAAGAGAAGCAGGCGGACGCCGGAUCGAAAAGCUAUGAGCGUCACAUACAGUUAACCAAAAGAAAUCGAGAGGCUGUGGAGCAGCAAAUCGAGGAACUUGAGGCAAGGCGGAGGCAGCUGAUUGGACAAGAAAACCACUGCGCUUUAAAGAGGCAUGAACUAUGGGAGGAGCGAAAAAAAGCCAGAAAGGCCCAAGAUGAGAUUUCCAAGCAGGUGCAGAAACUACAGGGCAAAUUCGAGCUUGACGAAUGUGAGGAAGCCAAAACACUGUUUCGAGAAGCCGUAGAGGAUGGUGAUGCGGCAGUGGUGAAGCUUCUGGUUGCUGCGACUACGAACGAUGAUGAAUGGAUACAGUUGAUUACAGUGUCAAGCAGAGGAGAUCUCAACGCGGCUCAGCAACUUCUCUUCGCCGGAGUGGAAGCCGAUUGCAGGGAUAUCAGAUUUGGUCGGACUGCGCUUAGUUGGGCGUGUGCCGGUGGCCACAAAGCUAUCGUACAGCUUCUUCUCGACGCUGACGUAGAUGUCAACUCACAAGACAACGACGGUUGGACAUCAAUGCAAUGGGCCUCUGAGAGAGGGCAUGAAGACUUGGUCCGUCUUAUGCUUGAUAAAGGAGCCAAGAUUGGCUUUCGAAAGACACUUUUUGGUCAUGGUGGUGCCAUCACGACAUUGGCCUUCUCCCCUAACUCAGAGCUUCUAGCGUCAGCGUCACGAGAAGAUACCAUCAGGAUCUGGGAUACUGCAACAGGUCAAUGCCAAGAAAUUCUACAGAGCGGCAAACAAACUCCACUGGCCGAUCAAAAAAUGGGCGAGGGCGACUGGACCUGCUCAAUUGUCUUUACACAUGACUCAAAGCUAUUGGUGUCGGGAUCAGCAGAAGGCCUUAUCAGGAUCUGGGACAUUACAACGGGAUACUGUCAACGAAUAUUGCAGGGCCAUACAUGGAUCGUCCAGUCAUUAGCCUUAUCUCAUGACUCAACGCUGAUAGCCUCAGGUUCAAACGACAAAACCAUUAAGAUCUGGAACUGCGCAACCGGCACAUGCCAGCGAACCAUGCGGGGCCAUGAUGACUGUGUUUUCAAGGUGGCCUUUUCCCAUGACUCGAAGCUUAUAGCAUCAGGCGCAGGAGACGGACAUGUCAAGAUCUGGAAUAGUGCAACGGGCGAGUGCCUGCAGACGCUGAGGGGCGGGAGGGAACAGGAGGUAUUCACACUGGCCUUCUCGCACGACUCAAAACGCAUAGCAUCAGGGCUAAACCAUAAUCUUAUUAAGAUAUGGGAUAUUACAACGGGCAAAUGUCAACUGAAAAUGAGAUACCGUGAUGAUAACGUCAAUCUUGUGGCCUUUUCGCCUGAUUCGAAGGUUGUGGUGUCAACGUCAAGCGAGAAUACUAUCUACGUCUGGGAUAGUUCAACAGGCAAAUGCUUGAGGAAACUGCAAGGCCCUGCCGACUGCAACACCAUAGCCUUCUCGCGAGAUUUCAAGUUGAUAGCGUCGCCGUCGAUUGGUAAAGGGAUAAAAGGGGUCCGAACUGUUAAGCUAUGGGAUAAUUUUGUGCUGAGCUGUGUUGUUUGCCCAUCAGCUCUACAAGCUGCUGGAGACGCCGGAAGAAGGAAACUUGUUGAAAGAAACAAGUAA